AUGCGGAAGCCUAUUUAACUUCCUCAAAAUCCCCAGAAUAAUUCUAAGAUAACUCAAGAAAUCUGGAAUUAAUCUUGAUGUUUUUGCAGAGGAUGUUUAAGUUGUGCAAUUUUACAUCUAACUAAGGUGUUUGGUGCAGUAUUUCUCAAGCAAAGAAAACAUGUUUUCUUAUGUAAACAAAGUCGGAGCUGCUGGUGUGUCCUGAAGCCCUGCCACAUGGGUGUGCGCUGCUUCAACACCUCUCCAGGGUUCCGCUGUGGCCCCUGUCCCACUGGCUACACCAGCCCCCGGGUGCAGGGAAUAGGCCUCUCCUACGCCACUAACAACAAACAGGUCUGUAAGGACAUCAAUGAGUGCGAAGGACCCAAGAAUGGAGGUUGUAUGGAAAAUUCCAACUGUCUGAACACACCUGGCUCGUUUAAGUGUGGCCCCUGUAAGGCAGGCUAUGUGGGGGAUCAACGCAAGGGCUGUAAGCCUGAGAGAGCGUGUGGUAAUGGCCAGCCCAACCCCUGCCAUGCCAGCGGAGAGUGCAUUGUCCAACGAGAUGGGAAAAUAGAGUGUCAGUGUGGGGUGGGAUGGGCUGGCAAUGGCUACUUCUGCACCUCUGAUAUUGACAUUGAUGGCUUCCCUGAUGAGAAACUGGAAUGCACUGAGAGGAACUGUGCCAAGGAUAACUGUCUAACAGUACCCAACUCUGGCCAAGAGGAUGCAGACAAGGAUGGCAAAGGAGAUGCCUGUGAUGAGGAUGCAGAUGGCGAUGGAAUCCUAAAUACACAGGACAACUGUGUGCUGGUGCCAAAUGUCAACCAAAGAAAUGUGGACGAAGAUGACUUUGGAGACGCCUGUGACAACUGCCGUAUGAUCAAAAACAAUGACCAGAAAGACACUGAUGUUGAUAGACUGGGUGAUGAAUGUGACGAAGACAUUGAUGGCGACAGAAUCCCCAAUAAUCUGGACAACUGCAAAAGGGUUCCCAAUGCUAACCAGAAGGAUCGAGAUGGGGACAAAGUCGGAGAUGCUUGUGACAGUUGCCCCUAUGUUCAAAACCCUGACCAGUUGGAUAUGGACAACGAUUUGAUCGGAGACCCUUGUGACACCAAUAAGGACAGUGAUGGUGACGGUCAUCAGGACUCUCAGGACAACUGCCCUGCGGUCAUCAACAGCUCCCAGCUGGACACGGACAAGGACGGUCUGGGGGACGAGUGUGACGACGAUGAUGAUGAUGAUGGUAUUCCUGACCUUCUGCCCCCAGGACCGGACAACUGUCGCCUUAUCCCCAACCCUCUGCAGGAGGACUCUGACGGUGAUGGUGUUGGGAAUGUGUGUGAGAACGACUUUGACAACGACACCAUCAUCGACAGCAUCGAUGUGUGCCCGGAGAAUGCCGAGGUCACUCUCACAGACUUCAGGGCCUACCAGACAGUGGUGCUGGACCCAGAGGGAGACGCACAGAUAGACCCUAACUGGGUGGUGCUCAAUCAGGGAAGAGAGAUCGUCCAAACUAUGAACAGUGACCCUGGACUGGCUGUUGGUUACACAGCGUUCAACGGUGUUGACUUCGAAGGGACGUUCCAUGUGAAUACCGUAACGGACGACGACUAUGCAGGGUUCAUCUUCGGCUACCAGGACUCUUCCUCCUUCUACGUGGUGAUGUGGAAACAGGUUGAGCAAAUCUAUUGGCAGGCCAAUCCAUUCAGAGCUGUGGCAGAACCAGGGAUCCAACUGAAGGCUGUGAAGUCCAACACGGGACCAGGGGAGAAUCUACGCAACUCCCUGUGGCACACUGGGGACACCAGUGACCAGGUGAAGAUGCUGUGGAAAGACGUCCGCAACGUGGGCUGGAAGGACAAGACUUCCUACCGCUGGUUCUUGCAACACAGGCCCCAAGAUGGCUACAUCAGAGUGCGUUUCUUUGAGGGUCCUCAGAUAGUGGCAGACACAGGUAUCAUCAUAGACACCACCAUGAGAGGAGGCAGACUGGGUGUCUUCUGCUUCUCCCAGGAGAACAUAAUCUGGGCUAACCUACGCUAUCGCUGCAAUGAUACAAUCCUCGAGGACUUUGACUCAUACCAAGUCCAACCCGUUCAGCUGCAGUUCUAAUACAGCAUGCACACACAUCUGCCCAAAGACUGGGAGGACAUUCCAUCUACACCCCCACAUUCUGGAACGCAUGGCUCCCAGCUGAACAGUGCAUGGUUGUGUCUGUAAUGGCACCCUAUCUCCUAUAUAGUGCACAACUUUUGAUUAAAGGCUAUAUAGGGCCGAUUUGGACUUAGGGAAUUAUGCCUUUCUUACACACUUCUCAGUAGUUAGUAUUCAGACUUACCUUAUGAAAGUACGUAAAAGGGCUUUGCAGGCAUGCUUCCCUUUUCAAUCAAUAGGGUUUUCAGUGCAUUUAUCUUAAGCCAUCUCUUUAAAUAUGGUGUAACUUUUAGCUAGAAUUUUGUUGACAGACUCAAUAGAAUAUAUUGAAUAUUAGGGAUCAAUGAAAGAAAACCAUUUAAAUAUAUGCCUAUCAUUCUCUGUUUCAGCACCAUUUGGUAGAUUCAAAAAAUACUCUUAUCUUGUAGAUUAUUUAGGGUUAGAAAAGUAUUUAUGAAUCAUAAAAACAGGUUUGGAGAGCCUUUACGCGGAAAAGAAAACAGUGUUUUGAUUAAUUCAGAAAAUUGCCACAUUGUUAUUUAACCCAUGGUAAUGUUGGAAGAUUAGUGUACAUAUAAUUAUAAUAGGGAGAAUAGUGUACAAUAGUAGACUAUACCCUCGUCUGUUGCCUGCACUAACCAUGGUACUGUGUGAUGACAGCCAAGUAUUACGCCAUGCGUAGGCUUCAAACGGUUAAUGCCUGGCCUGCACUCUGCUCCAUAAUGAUUUAAUUAGCCUAACUGUUACUAAUGAUCCUCAGCAACAACCACAUGGCCAUGGCAGCGUUUAGAGAGGAAGCAAAUACAGGUAAACAAAACAAUGUAAUUAAAUGGAAUGAUAAUGUAUGCUAUACCAACUGAAGGGAACUAACAGUAAACUGGUCGAUACUGAUAGUGGCUAAUAUUUAACAUGAUAGAAAUAGGAAACAGAAAGUCAUGGUAGCCUAUAAUUAAGACAUCCGAGUGCCCAUCUAUGCAAGUUAAAAGGCUGUACAAUUUAAAUUCUGCAUAAUGGCACAGCCUUUCAUAAUCUUUACUUUGGGAAAGUUGAUAUGAAGCCAUAUGACUGGUUUCACAUUUGUCUUCAGCAAUUGGAAGGUAAAAUACACUGCUCAAAAAAAUAAAGGGAACACUUAAACAACACAAUAUAACUCCAAGUCAAUCACACUUCUGUGAAAUCAAACUGUCCACUUAGGAAGCAACACUGAUUGACAAUAAAUUUCACAUGCUGUUGUGCAAAUGGAAUAGACAAAAGGUGGAAAUUAUAGGCAAUUAGCAAGACACCCCCCAAAACAGGAGUGAUUCUGCAGGUGGUGACCACAGACCACUUCUCAGUUCCUAUGCUUCCUGGCUGAUGUUUUGGUCACUUUUGAAUGCUGGCGGUGCUCUCACUCUAGUGGUAGCAUGAGACGGAGUCUACAACCCACACAAGUGGCUCAGGUAGUGCAGUUCAUCCAGGAUGGCACAUCAAUGCGAACUGUGGCAAAAAGGUUUGCUCUGUCUGUCAGCGUAGUGUCCAGAGCAUGCAGGCGCUACCAGGAGACAGGCCAGUACAUCAGGAGACGUGGAGGAGGCCGUAGGAGGGCAACAACCCAGCAGCAGGACCGCUACCUCCGCCUUUGUGCAAGGAGGUGCACUGCCAGCGCCCUGCAAAAUGACCUCCAGCAG